AUGCUGAAGCCAAUGAUCGAUCGGCUAACUAACGCAACAUCAAAAAAGUUGCGCCCGGCAAUUGCCGCUGCCUUUGCGAAGAGGGCGGAGGGAAACAUUUUGAACCACCACCACAACACCAUUGCCAUAUUUUUGCCGUCCACACUCUCGCCAUUCACCAUGAGUCUCGUGGGCCCAUUACCGCUGAGGGCCGUCGCCCCCGCUCGACUCGUCACCGCCUCUGCCUCAUCUCAAUGUCGUCAGCGUCGUCACUACUCGCAAAUAUCGCAGACACCAUCGAAGCGACCCGCUGCACCGGCCAAGAGAAAACAGCAGCAUGCACCAUCGAUACGAUGCUUCCAUGCGACCUCGCCUGCGUUCGCCAUGGCCGACCCAUACCAGACGCUCGGUGUCAGUAAAAAUGCAUCCGCCGCCGAGAUCAAGAAGGCAUACUAUGGCCUGGCCAAGAAAUACCACCCUGAUACGAACAAAGAUCCCGGCGCAAAAGAGAAGUUUGCCUCUGCACAGGCCGCAUACGAAGUGUUAUCAGACGCGGAGAAGAAAAAGGCAUUUGAUUCGUAUGGCGCCGGUGCCUUUGAUGCCAACGGUGGCUUCGACCCUGGGGCCGCCAGUGGUGGAGGGCCAGGCGGUUCUCCAUUCAGUGGGUUUGGUGGGUUUGGUGGAUUCGGCGGGGGAUUCGGCGGAGGCGCGCAAGGUGCGGGGGGAUUUCAGGAUAUCAACUUUGACGACCUGUUUGGUGCAUUCACAGGAGGACGAAGAGGCAGAGGAGGCGGCGGGCGAAGGAACCCGUUUGAGGAGCAGGUCAUGGUGGGCGACAACAUCGAAGUGCAAACGAAUAUUUCAUUCUUGGAUGCGGCCAAAGGGGUCAAAAAGGACAUACAAAUCACGCCCUUGGUGGAAUGUGGGACAUGUGCGGGCAGUGGGCUGAAGAAAGGGGCGCAGAGAACAGAGUGCAAGAGCUGUGGAGGUACUGGACAGAGAGUGACGAGCAUGGGUGGCUUCCACAUGAGCGCCACGUGUGGAUCCUGUGGUGGUACUGGAUUCGCGAUUCCAAGAGGCUCUUCCUGUAGCACUUGCGGUGGAGAUGGUGCAGUAAAGGAGCGCAAGACCAUCUCGAUCGACAUUCCCGGAGGUGUAGAGGAUGGCAUGCGGUUGCGCGUCAAUGGAGAAGGAGACGCACCGCUUACCGGACAAGUAGCAGCCUCUGGACCCAUCCGUGGCCAGAAGGGUGACCUUUACGUGCUCAUCCGCGUAGCCAACGAUUCCAAGUUCAAGCGCAAUGGCUCUGAUAUUCUACAUACUGCCACGAUCCCGCUCACGACUGCGGUACUCGGAGGAGAGAUCAAGGUGCCAACACUAGAUGGAGAGGUGAUGGUCAAGGUGCCCACUGGGUCAGGAACCGGCGACCGCGUGACGCUGUCGGGACUGGGCAUGAAAGUGUUGUCUUCUGGCCGUCGAGGCGGCAACGGCGACCUAAAAGUCGAGUUCAAGGUAGCCAUGCCCAAAUACCUCAGCGUCAACCAACGAACGAUUCUGGAAAUGCUGGCCGAUGAGAUGGGCGACACGCACGCAAGACGAGUCAUCAACCCCGGCAAGUGGAAGGAAGAGCAACAGGCGGCAGGCAGGAAGGCCAGCGGCAAGACGGUGCAAGAUGAUCACUCGAACGAAGGUUUCUUGAAGAGCGCAUGGCAUAACCUUACUGGGCAGCACAAGCACUUGAACGACGACGACGAUGAGCCUAAGAAGGGGUCUGGUUCGGCAUGA